GCUGUGGGGGUUGGUGUGGAGAACCCCCUCAGCCUCUGGGUGUUUUCGAGGUGCGGGGGCGGCCUGGUGCGGUGUGCGCAGGAGGAGCAGGGCAGACGGCGUGGAGGUACACUGCAUGGUUCCUUCUCUCUACUGUGGUCCCACAUUUGAAACAUGGCUACGGAUUGGCUGGGCAGUAUUGUGUCCAUCAACUGUGGAGAUAGCUUGGGUGUCUAUCAGGGAAGAGUGUCAGCAGUGGAUCAGGUCAGCCAGACCAUUUCUCUCACCCGGCCUUUCCACAAUGGAGUGAAGUGCCUCGUGCCAGAAGUCACCUUCAGGGCCGGUGACAUUACGGAAUUAAAAAUUCUGGAGAUACCAGGUCCUGGAGAAAACCAACAUUUUGGAGACCUUCAUCAGACAGAAUUAGGCCCCUCUGGUGUUGGGUACCAAGUAGGUGUCAAUCAGAAUGGCAUGGGCAAGUUGGUCAAGAAGCCAACCUCUUCCAGCAGUGCCCCUCAGAACAUCCCUAAGAGGACAGAUUUGAAGAGCCAAGAUGUUGCUGUUUCCCCCCAGCAGCAGCAGUGCUCAAAGAGCUAUGUGGACAGGCACGUGGAAUCCUUGAAUCAGUCCAAAAGUUUCCGUCGUCGGCACAACUCCUGGUCAUCUAGUAGCAGGCACCCAAAUCAGGCAACUCCAAAGAAAAGUGGCUUAAAGAAUGGCCAAAUGAAGAGUAAAGAUGACGAGUGCUUCGGGGAUGAUAUUGAGGAGAUCCCAGACACAGAUUUUGAUUUUGAAGGGAACUUGGCCCUUUUUGACAAGGCAGCUGUGUUUGAGGAGAUUGAUACCUAUGAGAGGAGAAGUGGUACCCGUUCCCGGGGCAUCCCAAGUGAAAGGCCUACUCGUUACCGCCAUGAUGAGAACAUCCUGGAGUCAGAGCCCAUUGUCUACCGACGGAUCACAGUGCCCCACAACGUGAGCAAGGAAUUCUGCACAGACUCUGGCCUGGUCGUCCCAAGCGUUUCCUAUGAGCUGCAUAAAAAGCUGUUGUCUGUUGCGGAGAAGCAUGGGUUGACUCUAGAGCGGAGACUAGAGAUGACGGGCGUGUGUGCCAGUCAGAUGGCACUGACCCUGCUUGGAGGACCCAACAGGUUGAAUCCCAAAAAUGUUCACCAGAGGCCUACAGUGGCCCUGCUAUGUGGGCCCCACGUGAAGGGGGCUCAAGGUAUCAGCUGUGGAAGGCACCUAGCCAACCAUGAUGUCCAGGUCAUCCUCUUCCUGCCCAACUUUGUCAAGAUGCUGGAGUCCAUCACCAAUGAGCUGUCUCUCUUCAGCAAGACCCAAGGCCAACAAGUGUCUAGCCUCAAAGAUCUGCCCACUAGCCCUGUGGACCUGGUGAUCAACUGCCUGGAUUGCCCCGAGAACGCCUUCCUGCGGGAUCAGCCCUGGUACAAGGCAGCCGUGGCCUGGGCCAACCAGAACCGGGCACCAGUGCUCAGCAUAGACCCUCCUGUGCAUGAAGUUGAACAGGGCAUCGAUGCCAAGUGGUCACUGGCUCUGGGCUUGCCUCUGCCGCUGGGAGAGCAUGCAGGCCGCGUCUAUUUGUGUGACAUUGGCAUUCCCCAGCAGGUGUUCCAGGAGGUGGGCAUCAACUACCACUCACCCUUUGGCUGCAAGUUUGUCAUCCCACUGCACUCUGCCUAGAGGGGCUCAAGGCAGGCUGGACCCUGCAGUCCCCUGCUGCUUCUGACACUGAACUUGACAACGAACGCCUUAAGGAUGUGAAGCUUCA